AUGUCUUCCGACGACGAAGCUGUUCGCCGUCCCGGCCGCAGCAACAUGCAAAGUCCUGCUCAAAGCGACGCCCUUGACUCCGGUGAUGAGAAUAAGAGCCUCGAUGGGGGAAAUGAAAAUUUUGAAGAUGAAGACGCUGAUCUCUUCGGUUCGGACGGAGACGACAAUGGAUUAGAGGAUGAGUACGGAUCACUCAGACUCAGCAUGCGCAACGAAACUAACCGCUACUUUAGUCGGCCUCGUCGCACCCUUGAAGACGAACAGCUGGAUUCCGGAGACGACGAGAACCGCUAUGAUCGCCGCGAAGAUCGUAUGGACGAGGCGCCUGACGAGGAUGAGUUCGCCGAGACUGUUAACAUCAUGGACGUGGGCCUUGCGCGGGCGCCAGUACCAGCGAACAAUGAUGGAGAGGUCUACACUAUGCGAGUUCCAGACUUCCUCUCGACCGAGGCUGAAGAAUUCAAUCCGGAAACCUAUGUUGCGCCUCCCUACUCCACCGCUGCUACAUCGCUCUGUUGGCGCAAAGAUCCCAAAGAUGGUUCUUUGUUGCAGUCGAAUGCACGUAUUAUCCGAUGGGAAGAUGGUUCCAUGACACUGCAGCUUGCAAGCGCCCCUCUCGAGCAAUACCGUAUUGCAUCCAAAUCUCUCUGUCCCCUCACCAAGUCCGGCGAGUAUGAUACAAAGCUGGAUUCACACGUCUACCUUGGAGCGGCAGUGGAAACUGCUUCGCUCUUCCGAUUGACUUCUCACGUCACACAUGGCCUCACUGUUCUACCCACAACAAUGGAGACUGACGACGCGGUCUUGAAACUUCAAGCAUCCUUGGCCGCAGCCACUCGUGGAAACAAAAAGACCGCCGACGGCUCAGCACCUGUUAUCGAUACGAUUGAAGACCCCGAACUGGCUCAGCGAAAGGCAGAACACCUGGAGAGGGAGGCUAUGCGCGCAGAGCGUCGUCGCCAACAGCUUGCGGAUCGUGAGGCAGACCGUGGCCGCCGUCAACCCACUACUCGCACCGGUCCCAGCGGACUCAGCAUUGGUGGUCUUGAAGACGAUGGUCUUGCUACCCGUGCUCGCCCCAAGGCCCGCCGCCCUGCCCGCCGUGGUGAGAUCUACUCCGACGAGGAGGAGGAUUAUGGCCGUGGCGGCCGUUCCCGCGAAGAUGAGUAUGAUGAGGACGACGGAUUCCUGGUUGGCAGUGAUGAGGAACCUGAGGAGGUUGAUGAUGAAGAGGAAGAGGAAGAAUUGGAAGACGAGGACAUGGAUGCGGAGGGCGAGGUAGAUGACGAUGUUGCUUCGGCCAAAGCUGCCCGCAAGGCUGAGGCGCCUCGAGCUGGAACACCUCCUGCCCGAAAGAAGAAUCGUUAUGUCGUGGAUGACGAUGACGAGGAGUAA